AUGUCAAAUUGUUGGUCAUUAAGAAAUGAAAUAGUUGCUAGUGAUGGAUUAUUAUAUUUUAAAAAUAAGCUGAUAGUAGCUAGAGAACUAAAACAGUUUAUUAUGAGUUUAUUACAUGAAACACAUAUAGUGAUAACUAAAACAGUUAAAAGAGCUAAAACAUACAAUUAUUGGCCAGGAUUGAAUUCUGAUAUUGAAAAUUAUAUUAUUAAGUUUGAAUUAUGUGCAAGAUUUCAAAGAAAACAAUCAAAAGAGUUGUUGUUAAAUCAUAAAAUUCCAAAAAGAGCAUUUGAAAAAGUAGACAUAGACAUACCUGAUUUUGGAGGUGUGUCUUAUUUGAUUUUAGUUGACUAUUACUCAAGAUGGUUGGCGGUCGUAGAGAUAUCUGAUAAAACUGCUGAAACGAUAGUAAGUGUGCUCAAAACAUUGUUUAGUAGAUUUGAAUGGGAUUUCAAAAUAAUAACAUCUAGUCCUAACUACCCACAGAGUAAUGACAUGGCUGAAAAAGGUGUUGGUAUAUUUAAAACAAUGAUGAGGAAAUGUGAACAAACUGAUCAAGAUACAAUCGUACAAAAAAUGGUAAGAUCCUUAGAAGAACCUCUAAACACCUUAAAAAUAAUAAUACAGUAA